AUGAAAAGAAUAAAUAAAAUAAGGUUUGAAUUUUUAAUUUUAUUUUAUAUAUCAAAUAUAANAGGGCAAGAAGUUAAUCUCCUCCUAAAGAUUUCAAAAGUACUGCACUUCUUAACAAAAUUGAUGAAUAAUCUAAUUAACAAUAAUCGAAUUAACAAUAAUCUAUCAAAUAACCAUCAGAUAAUCUUACUUAAAAAUUUAUGUAACUUGGUGAAAAGUUUUCUUAAGAAAAACUAUCUUAAGUCAUUCCAUCUCCAUAAAUUGAAGAUUAUGAUAAUUUUAAAGAAAUCACUGAAAUGCUUACUAAAUAAGAAGAAGAAUUAUAAAAAUAGAUAGAAUAAUUAGAUACACAUAUCAAAAUGGAUUCUAAAUAAAGAAAAAUUAAUUUUGAUACCAAUAUACCCAACUUUACAAAUACAAAUAAUAAUAACCAAGAACUCUAAUUAUUAAAAUCAAAAUAUGUUCAAUUAGAAGAUUCAUACAAUAAAGCUAUCGAAGAACAUUAACAUUUAAAAAGAAUUAUUAGGUAAAGUGGUGAGUAGCUUAAAAAAUAGAAUUAACUUAAUCAAUCAGGAUAUAAAUAAUUAACUGAUAAUUCUCUUAAUCAAUCUACAAUCUCUAAUUAAGAACAAUUUGAAAGAACUAUUGAAAAAAAAAAUCAGAUUAUCAAAGAUUUAUCAAAUUAAUUAAUAGAAUUAGAAAAAAAUUCCAAGGCUUCUCUUAUUGAACAAUUAAGAAAUCAAAUUUAUAGAUUAGAAUAACUUACAAUAGAAAAAGAAGAAUAAUGGUCAAACUAAGAAAAAAUUUAUAAAGACAAGAUUUUUUAAUUGUUAUAAAAUACAGAGUGA